GAAAUUAGCGUGACGCUAACUUGACCGAGUUUGUUGAGUUUCCGUCGGAUCAGUGGAGACUUCGAAUGGCUUCUGGAUAACCAUCACCUUCAGCUUCUCUUUACUACAUUGAAGGGUUGUGAUAGUCGCGAUGGCUGCUUCGGAGAAGAAUGAUACGGUGGUUGAGUUAACUGAGGGCGAUGAGGCCUCCAAGGUGACUCAUUCAGGGGCUGUUGAGUCUUCAAAAGCCGAACCAGCAGUUCCUCAACCAUCCGAAGGGGCUGAAGCUUCAAAAGCAGUUCAACCUUUGCAGACUUCUCAAUCACCCCGAGUUUCACAACCACGAGUUCCGCAAUCACCGCACGUGGCUCAGUCACCUCGAACGGCUCAACGACCUCUAGCUCCGGCUCAGGUUCAACACCCUCAAAUGGUUCAGCAUCAGUCACCUCGAGUUGCUCAGUCUCCAUAUCCUCAGAUGCCGCAUUCUCCUUAUCACCAGGUGCCACAGUCGCCUCAUCCUCGUAUGCCGCCAUCGCCACACAUGGCUCAGCAUCCGCAUAUGGGGUAUCCUCAUACUCAUCAGGUUCCGCAUUCACCUUACAUGGCUCACUCGCCUCAUCAGAUGCCUCAGUCUCCGUAUCAAAUGCCACAGAGUCCUCACCCUCAGAUGGCGCAGUCACCACAUACUCACAUGCCACAGUCUCCGCAUUCCCAUAUGCCGCAGCCACCUCACCAUCAGAUGCCUCAAUCUCCACAUCCUCAUAUGCAACAAAGUCCUCGUCCGCAAAUGGCACAGAGUCCUCAUCCUCAGAUGCCGCCAUCCCUACACAUGGCACACCUUCACUAUGCUCCUCAAACAGGACACCCUCCUCCCCAAAGUCCCCUUUUCACACCCCAGGGUACUCCCGCCAUGACACCUCAGCAAUAUCCUCUCUUUACACCACUAGCCACACCUCGAUUUACACCAACUCCAACUCCAGGGCCUCAAUCCGCUGCUCCUACGCCAGCGCCAUCUACUCCAGCUCCCCAAUCAGUUGCUUCAACACCAGCCGCUCACUCCAUCGCCUCAACACCCGCACCAUCCUCCGUAGCAUUUACACCAGCACCUGAGUCUUCAUCCAGGGGCCAAGUAACAUAUGAUAUGGGACCUCCGCCCAAGAAGAAGAGAGGACCAAAGCCAAAGCCGUUGUCAGAACGUAAAGUGCUACGGACUACACCGAUUGUGCGAAAGGAGGCUAGUUAUUCGAAGAGGAAGAAGGAGGAGGUUAUCAUGUGGAUGCUUCAUCAUCGUGUUGAUCGGAGGGGAGAAAUGGUGCCGCCUUCUACGACGGAUGCGGAGAAUCACUUUCAGAUUCCGAGGAGUACUAUUGCUGGGUGGAAGAAAGCUAUGCUGGGUCUUGGACCGAUUCCGAGGUAAGGAUGGGCUCAUUGCAGCUCUGAAACCUGCUGAGUUUUAUCUACGAUAUCGACUCAUCCUCUGUUCCACCCCAUGACAUUCGAGCAUCCCUCGACUGAAAGAAUGUACUGGGAAGAGCCUGAUCAUUACUCUGGCACACAUUCGGUACUUUGAACGUACAAGAGUGUAUAUCUAACGCUAUCAGAUCCUCAAACUUCGCAAAGCCAGUCAUCAAGAUCAAAGCAAGGCGGGAGAGAAGACGUCCUGCGUACUUGUGAGUGAACACGGUGUCGCUGUUGGGGUCGAGAACGUUGAAACCAUAGACCGUAGAACAUGACUUUGACAAGCCCAACACAUGAACACGUAACGGGCCCGGCCUAGAAAAGUAAAAAUGAAUAGACAAUUAAUAAUUUCAUCUUGAUUACCUCAGAUUUAAGACCAC